AUGUCUCUCCAAGGUCUCAUCUCGGGCUCAGAAUGCGCUGUGCCGUUCAACCCGCUCUCCCAGGUGCUCAAACACACAGAUGGAGAUCGGAGCUUGCAGCAGGACAGAGUCGCAGGACCGUCGGGUUCUAGACUGCAUCAUCUCCCCUCAUCGUCCUCCCAUGGCUCUCAACAGGACAUGGCCGCGGCGCGCCAGUUCUUUGAGGGCGGCUCUCAACACGCCGGCGCGCACCCAUCCUUCGCGAUGCCGCAACACCACAUGAACAUCCCUCAGGACGCCGGUCCUGAUCUUAUGAAAGCUUGGAACGACGGGCAACAGGCGUCUCACGGUGGUAUGCCUCACGGCGAGAUGCUUCGCGUGAACGCACCUAUGGCCGCCCCUGGGGCAUGGAGCGCGGAGUUCGAUGGGGGAUCGCAGAUGGCGCAUCCCACCCCUCAAGGUCAGAUGCAGCAGUCGGGGAUGCCGAUGCAGAACAACUUCUCGCAGUCCUACUACCCGAGAAACUAUGGUGGUAUGCAGUUUGGUAUGCAGGGAUACGGCAUGGGUGUGCCGCAGAUGGUCGCAGACCAGGGCAAGGGGAAAGGCAAACAGAUCGACUUCGAGGCGGCGUUUGCGCAGGCCCACGCCUCCUUCGCGGCCCAACAGCAGGACAGCAGCGCCCGGAUCGUGGAGGUGGCGGAGGGCGACGAUUUGGCCGUGUUGGUGGAAGAUAUGAAGAGUGCGAAUUUGGGCAAGGGCAAGGAGAAGGCGGAAGAGGGAUCCGCAUAUGGCGAGGUGUGGAAGCAGCUACAAGACUCGGACAUCCCCCCACCUCAAGAGGACAUGGCGAAGUGGGAGGCCGAGUUCAACCGGAUGAUGGCGGAGAGUCGCGAAGACCUCGACUUCGACUACGGGGGCAUGAUGCAGGACGCUUGGGAUCGGAUGCCAAACUCGGACUUCUCCACGGAGCCGCCUUUGCAGUUCGACGCCCAAGGAAUCCCAGAGUUGAAGCCUUACGAGUUUGAGAAGGACAACAAGUACCUCGACCCGUCACACUCAAAGUCGUCGCUCCAGGAAGCCAAGGACCUUUUAGCGGCCAACGGUUCUCUAUCUGAGGCGGCGCUUCUCCUAGAAGCUGCUAUACAGCACGGGGAUCUUGGUGAAGGAGGGUAUGAAGCUUGGAUUCUGCUUGGUGAGACGCGGAGUAUGGACGAGCGUGACGACAUGGCCAUGCCUGCGCUCACGGAGGGUGUCAAGAGGGCAGAAGCUGCCGGUGCGGCGGGGCAAGGGAUGCUGCCCCUCGCGAUCUCGUUUACGAACGAGUCCAUUGAGCGCGGUGCGCACUCGAUGCUCCUUCGCUGGCUCAAUGCCCGGUUCCCGGACGCCGGCAUCACGCUGGAGGCGUGGAAGUCGCUCGAGAACUCGGCGUGGCAUUCGCAAGAGCAGGUCACGGAGAUGUACCUCAAGGUCACACGCGAACAGUAUGCACGCGGCGAGCUCGACCCCGAGGUACAAACCGGGCUGGGGGUGCUGUUCUACACGACUGGUGACUACGCUCGCGCGAAGGACUGUUUCGAAGCCGCCCUGAGCAUGAGACCUAAGGACUACACGCUUUGGAAUAGGCUUGGAUCCUCGCUUUCGAAUGGAAACAAGCCUGAAGAGGCCCUGGGAGCUUACCGCGAGGCUCUGCAGCUCCGCCCAACAUAUACUCGCGCUAUAUAUAACGUGGGCGUUGCCUGCCUGAAUAUUGGAGCGCACCAAGAGGCGAUCGAGCACUUCCUCAGCGCACUCGCUCUUCAAGAGUCUUCAGGCGGCGAGAAGAGUGAGCAGCUGUGGACGACGCUGCGGCGGGCGUUCCAGGCUAUCAACAUGCCGGAUCUGGUUGAUCUGGCCAAGCCUGGCACAAGCCUGGAUGUGUUCCGCGACAAGGGCUAUGAUUUCUGA